CUUCGGUUUAAUCAAUUGGUGUUCGCUAGACAGAAUCUUUUUCUGUCGAAUCGAAUCAAGAUUUGUUUCAGUUGGAUAAUAUCUUGAUUUUUCUCAAUUUAAUUCGAUCCCGGGAUUGGGCUUUUCGCGAAUUAGGUGAAUUUUGUUGAAGGAUAUGUAAAUGUACCAGAACCGAAACUACAUUCAAUUUCAAAUUCGCUUCGCUUGUAAGCACUAGGACCCACAUCUGGCUAGGGUUUUUCCCGGGUUUCCAUCUUCUUGGCACUCCGUCGCUCUUUACGCAGAGCAGGAACAUGUUGGAUAUAAACCUUUUUCGAGAAGAAAAGGGUAACAACCCUGAGAUCAUCCGCGAAUCUCAGCGCCGCCGCUACGCCAGCGUCGAAAUUGUCGACGAGAUCAUCAGGCUUGACAAGGAGUGGCGCCAACGCCAAUUUGAAGUAGAGAAUUUCCGGAAAGAGUUCAACAAGCUCAACAAGCAAGUGGCCAAACUUAAAAUCUCUGGUGGUGAUGCGAGCGAGCUGAUUCAUCAGACAGAGAAAAACAAACAGGAAUCUGCAGAAAAGGAAGCGGAAGUCCGUGAAGCUUUUGCUGCUUUGAAAGCCAAAUUGGAGACAGUCGGAAAUCUUGUCCAUGACUCCGUUCCAAUUAGCGAUGAUGAGGCUAACAACUCAGUGGUUAGACACUGGGGUGUAGCUACGAGUGGCCAGAAGUUGAAGAACCAUGUUGAGCUUGUCGAGCUUCUUGGCAUUGCUGAUUCCAAGAAAGGUUGUGAGGUUGCAGGAGGAAGAGGUUUUUAUCUGAAGGGAGAUGGCGUUCGCCUUAACCAAGCGCUUAUCAACUUUGGCCUCGACUUCUUGGAGAAGAGAGGAUUUACGUGUCUGCAAACUCCGUUCUUCAUGCGGAAGGAAGUUAUGGCUAAGUGCGCUCAGUUGGCUCAGUUCGAUGAAGAGCUUUACAAGGUGACCGGUGAAGGAGAUGAUAAAUAUCUGAUUGCGACAGCUGAGCAGCCGCUUUGUGCAUAUCACCUUGAAGACUGGAUUCAUCCAUCAGAGCUCCCAAUUAGAUACGCAGGUUACUCGUCUUGCUUCAGGAAGGAAGCCGGGUCCCAUGGAAGAGACACACUGGGUAUUUUCCGAGUUCACCAGUUUGAGAAAGUCGAACAGUUUUGCAUCACCAGCCCUAAUGGGAACGAUUCAUGGGAUAUGCACGAGGAGAUGAUCAAGAACUCUGAGGAAUUUUAUCAGGCGCUGAAGCUUCCUUACCGAGUUGUGGCCAUCGUCUCUGGAGCUCUGAACGAUGCGGCUGCGAAAAAACUUGAUCUGGAGGCGUGGUUCCCAGCUUCCGAGGCUUACAGAGAGCUCGUCUCCUGCUCCAACUGUGCAGAUUACCAAGCACGAAGCCUUGAGAUCCGAUAUGGCCAGAAAAAGCAGAGCAAUGAGCAGACGAAGCAGUACGUGCAUCUGCUGAACUCGACCCUGACGGCGACGGAGAGGACCAUCUGCUGCAUCCUGGAGAACUACCAGACGGAAGACGGCGUGCAAGUUCCCGAGGUCCUGCAGCCGUUCAUGGGCGGAAAGACGUUUUUUCCCUUCAAGGCCAAGCCCGUCACUGCUGAGGGCAAGGGAAAGAAGUCGAAAGCUUGAUACUGUGUAAUCUCUGGAGAAACUUUUGCAGAAUUUUUUAUCGGAGUUUCAGACAGGAAUGAUUCGGUUAUAUAUACGCUCAGUUCAUCAUCAUUUUGGUUUGGUAACA